AUGUGCUAUACCCUGCUUGAAGAUAAUUACAAUUCUUUUUGUGGUUUUUGCAGUGUUUGGUUAUUGUACCAGGAGCUCUGGGGAAGUCUAGGAGAUCAUCAUGUGCCAUCUCUUUAUGUAAGAUCAAUGGAGCAACUCUGUCAGGAUCUUCUGAAUCUCAUGAUUGGUGUACCUUCACGAAGCUUCCUUUGGUCUGCAGAAUUGGCAAGCUUUUGUGUGAAGGAUGGUCUGUGCUACCCUGGUGUAACUCCUGAACAUCUUAGAGGCUCACUCUUACCUUUUGUAGAGUGUGGCACACUUGUGCGCAGGUUAGAAGUUGUGUGUAUUACUCCUAAGUUUGACACACAGCAUCACCUAACACAAGGCUCAGUUUUCCGUGCUUUUACAGUAGCUGUAUCAAAUGUACUGCAGGUUUACAGGGGAAUGGUGUUUUCCCUAAGUGGAGAAACUCACCUUCCUAGACUGCAGGAGAGAGCUCAACAUCUGCUAAAGAAGAUCAAAUUUGUUGCCCACCUCUUUCAUAUUUCCUCAAACUGCUAUAAGAAUUAUACUACAACCAGGCGGCUUGUACCUGACAAUAAAACUACAGACACUGAAACUGGCCAUGGGUUACAACACACAUCAGUAGUCACAGAAGGCCACCAAGAAAUGCUGAGAGGUCUUAGUCUCCUCGGAGAGUUACUUAACCAAGUUAUUCUUACCAAGGACCAAGCGUGUCUUCUGUUACUUAUGUCAGUCUUUAAGAAUGCUUGUGCGCCUUUCUUUAGGCUUUCACUUGUGGGAAAGGUCUUAAUUUUCAAGCUUUGUUCUGCAAAGCAUCAUCUUGUCCAAGCUGGUAGCACUAAGCAUCCUGGUUUGCAAGUGUGCUUAUCUGGAGAAGAAUUAGAACAAAUGCAAUGUCAGUGUGAGGCUUAUGCUGCACAUAUGAAUUAUACAACAGCACAAAAUCAGGUUUCAGGUCAGCAGAAAGUCGAGGUAGAGAUUGAAGAGAAACAGCGCUUAAUGGUAGUAUCUUCAGAAAAACAAGCUGCCAUCCUUAAAGUGAUUAAGGGGAAAAUGGAAGAUGCUCGUCAGAAAGAAGUAGAAGAGAAAAAUUCUCGGUUCCAAGAAUUAAAAGAAGAAAUGUUGAAAGCCAGAGAGAGAAAACAGGAGGAAAAGCAGAGGGAGGCUGAAGAAGAUAUAAAGAUUGCUCAUGAGUUGCUAGAGAAGGAAGCCAAGAAGCAGGAGGAGGAGGAAAAGUUGCGGGCUAAAAUGGAAUCUUAUUAUCACAAAAGAAUGUUUGCUGCUGAGCGUAGUGAGGCUCUUGCUCACUGGAAAGUACAGCGAUGUUUGCUUAGUGAAGCUCGCAAGCAGUUUAUUCUCCAAAGUGACUGGUCAUCCUGUCAAAAACAUAUAGACAAUGCCAAGUCACAGAGGGCAGCAGAGACUGGAAUGGGAGAAACAUGUAUUACAAUAGAGAGAAUAGAAGACACAUCACCAUUUAAUGAGCAAUGUCUAUUACCCAUUGUCUCACAUUUAGAGCAGAAUGCCCAUCCCAGACAUCUACCUAAAAGCCUAAUGAAUAUUGAAGCAGGAAUAGAUGCACAUAGACAGUCAAACAUAAAUGAGAAUCUUGUAAGAGAAAAUAUAUGCCAUAUUGAUUUUGUCAAGGAAAGUCCUAAUCAAGAUUUAUCAGUUUCUGAUAUGACACCAUCCUUGAUGAGUACCUCAUCUGACUUUAUAGAUACACCUCAUGAUGAAAAUCUCCCAGAUUUUGAGACUGACCAAAAGAGAUUUGUAAACUGUGAAAAAAAUUACCAUGAGAAUAAGUUUUCCUCUGUAUAUGGAAAAAGUUCUAUUGAUGCUGUGCUUUAUGAUAGGUCAGAGGAUUUUAAUAUACAAAAACAAAAAGGGCCAACAUUUAUGCCAGUUUUAAGUACAGUUGGAGAAUCUGCUUGUAACAGGGUUGAAGGUUUUGGAAUAAUGAGUGACAAGACAGAGGGUGAAUAUAGACUUCUGACAAAAGAUGUUGAAGGUCAGUCCUCGACAUCUAGGAUAUUUGGAGAGCAGAGUUUAAAAAGGCAGAAACUGGUAGCUGAAGGAAAUGGUAAAGUGUUUACAGAAGACUUUGGCAUAGGCAAUAGUGAUAGGGUGCCUUCUACAGACCAAGAUGCUAAUGCCAACUUUCCAGUAGCUAAUGAAGAGGAUGAUGAAAAUGGAAACUCAGAGAAAGACAGUCAGUUGUUUGCAGCUGAUGACAUUAAUGCCAAUUUAGCAUCUGAAAGGUAUACCACACUUCCACAAGUAUCAUCUUAUAUGGGACAAAGUUUUGAAGACCCUAAUGCAAAUAUAGAAACUUUAGCAGAUAUUUCUGCAACUCAAAAAGGUGGAAGUGGAAAAAAAAGCAUUGUUGAUGACUUAAAGGCAAGUGGAGAUGACAGCAAUGGCAAUAUUAUUCCUCAUAGUAUGAAAGAUGCACAUUCCCAAUAUAGAGAUAGAUGUACUCAGGCUGCUGCUAUUAAGCAAAAGGUUCUCUGUGAAGAAUUUCAUGGUACUACAGAAAAUAAAAAUACUCUGAAUAUCCUAAGAUCCAAGCCAGUGCCCUCCUCACUAGCUGUGGAGAACAAACAGGGAGUUUUGGUGACUGAAUAUGAAAUAACAGAAAUGGGAGGUAGUGGUGCAGAUAAGAACACAGUGUCAUACAGCAGACAAAUAUCAAGUGCUAGCACAUCCAGCUACAAGUCUUGCUGCUUCUUUGAAAGACAAACCUCUGGUUCAACAGCCUUUACAACACCAGAUGAAGAAAGACCAAUUCUCAUUGAUCAGGUCGGUGGAGAAGUGCUGAAAGAACGGGGAAGGAGCGUUCAUGGUCAUGCUUCAGAUGCUGUUAUUCAUAAACUUCUCUGGAAACAUAAUCAGGAACCUAUGUCACCUACUGAAGGAAUCAGUGAUAUGACUCCAAUUGAUGACCUGCUAUCUGCUGUGAGAAACUCGGUACUGUAUAAGGCUGACCCAUACAGUGUGGAGAACUUGAAACUUAUGGGCUGUGAACCACUGUUGGACAUCACUGGAACUGCUCUCAAUGGAAGACCGAACACAAGACAACCAGGAAACAAGAAAGUAAUCCCUGUUCCAUCUACCAAUGAACUCUCAUGUGCACCUAUAUAUUUCAUUCGUUCAAUCAGAAUGCAUCUAGCAACACAAAGUCGGUUGGUUAAUGCAAGUCUCUUAAGCGAAGUACUAGUGCAAGAAAGCCUUUUGGAUCACCUCUCUGCCCUUCGUGCACUUCUCUUGUUACAUGAUACUCACUUUGCUCGUGCUUUAACCUUGAAUCUUUCCAGCAAGGUAAACACAGCAUGCUCUCCUGCAGCUUUGUUAGUACCUGUUGAGUUAAACAAUAUCCUCAACAGAUCAAUAGCAGAGUCAUGCUGGAGCACAAGUCAGCAAGCUGAAAAUCUUUCUUUUGCUAUCAAAAGUAUUCCUCCAGCAUUCACACACACAACAAGUGUUGUAGACUGCCUUGAUCUUAGGUACCACGUGUGUUGGCCCCACACACUCAUUUUAGAUGAUGCCAUCUUGGCCUCAUACUCUCAAGUAUGGAAUUUUUUGGCUUCCCUGCACUACAGCAUUUGGACUGCUGAUGAUCUUUUUCAUCAUUUAUCAUCACUCA